AUGUCCACCACCACUCCCCUCUUUACCCUCCCCAUACCCAUAUCCUCCCCCCUCCAAUCCCAACCCGGCACCCUAACCUGUACCACACCCUCCGCUGCGCACCCGAAUCUUUACCUCCUCACCUUCUCUUCGCCCCCAGAUAAUCGUCUCACCACUGCUUUCUGCCAAACUUUCAUGCACGCCCUCGAUAUCCUCGAAGUCUCCUAUCCCGUCGGUGCCGUCUGUAUCACUUCCGCUAUUCCCAAAUUCUUCUCCAAUGGUUUAGAUUUGAAUCAUGCUACCGAGGUUAAAGGCUUUUUUGACAAGAGCCUCUAUGCGCUCUGGAAGAGGCUGUUGACUUACCCCAUGCCCACUAUCUCGCUCCUCCCCGGCCAUGCAUUUGCUGGCGGCCUCAUGACCGCCAUGUACACCGACUACCGCGUUUUCAACCCAAGCCGGGGCUUUCUCUGUCUCAACGAGCUUGAAUUUGGCGCGCCUCUUAAACCCCCCAUGUCCUCCAUAUUCCGCCAAAAACUCCCUUCUCCCUCUACCUACCGCUCCCUCGUUCUAGAAGCAAAACGUUUCAAUGGCGAAGCAGCGCUCCAAGGCGGACUUGUAGAUGUAUUAGGUGGAUGGGAAGAAGUGUUAAAGCUAGUUGAUGACUGCAAAUUAUUGGAGAAAGGAAAGACUGGUGUUUAUGGCGUGUUGAAGGCGGAGAUGUGGAGAGAGACUUUGGGAUAUUUGGAAGGGCACGCACAGAACGAAGAAAGGGACGGAGUGAAUAUGGAUAGAGAAGUUAAGAGGAAAGAAGAGGCUGCGGGUAGAGUUGCUGAGUGGGAGAAGCAAGCAAAGAAGACGUCGAAAUUAUAG